GUUUUUCUCACAAUAUGAAGGAAGUGCAUAAGUUCAAGCUCCAAGGUUGCGAUUCCGAAAUUUAUUGAUGAAGUUUUUGUAAACUCCUAUUUUGUUCUCUUCUUCCCUCUCAGCAUUCAAACAACUCAAACCAAAGUGUACUUGUUAGUAACUCUUGUUUCUUCCUCAUCGUUUUUCAUUCAGCAGAUUCAAUUCCUUGAAGUUCAUCCUAAACUCAGUGUCCAACCACAUUUUAAAAGAAUGUCGUGGCAGACCUUCCCACACUUACUGGCCCGAAGUGCUAAUUUACUCCUCAGUGAUCAAAGCAAAGCCGGCCACAAUUUGCACAUCUUUCAGCUUCAACUCCUGUCAGACCACCUGUUUUGGCCACGCAGGCGAGUGAAUAGGAACAAUCACUAUUUUGCAGCCGGAAGGAGAAAAGCCGCAUUAAAUGCAGUUUGCUUAUCAACAAGCCUUGAUUACAAUCUUAUUGAUGAUUAUAAUACUAACUACUUACCCUCUUGUUACAGCAAAAUCUACUGCGACAGUGAACUUUUGCAUGAUGUUGAAUUGGCCCACAUCUAUCCUGACUCAAAGACCUUUGUGGACAAGCGGAUGAAAUUUUCUGAACCCUAUAUUCUGUCCAAAUAUGAAGAACUAAAGGCUAAGAAUGAAGGAAAACCGCCUUCGAAAGAAGAGCUUGUCGAUUUUGUCUCAGAGCACUUUGAAGAUGGAGAUGAACUCGAAAAGUGGGACCCGCCUGAUUUUAAACCCGAAACAACUCUCAUGGCCAAAGUUUCGGAUGAAGGUUACAAAAAAUUCCUGAGUGGACUACAACAAGUUUGGAAAAUUCUAGCCCGAAAGAUCAAACCAGAAGUGAAUGAAAACAGUGAUCGUUAUUCAUUGAUAUAUGUUCCAAACGGCUUUUGCAUUCCUGGUGGCAGGUUCCGAGAGCUGUACUAUUGGGACACAUACUGGAUCAUCAAUGGACUCCUUUUGAGUGACAUGAACGAUACAGCCAAAGGAAUCAUUGAAAAUCUACUAAGCCUUGUCCAAAAGAUAGGUUUCAUACCAAAUGGCUCCAGAGUUUAUUACUUGAACCGCUCACAACCUCCAUUGCUAAUCCAGAUGAUGAAUAAUUAUUACAAAGCUACCAAUGAUUUUCAGUUCAUCAAAAAAAAUAUCAAGACUUUGACAAAGGAGUUUGAAUGGUGGCAGACGAACCGGAAAGUAAAAUUUAUCAAAGACAAGAAAACUUACAAUAUGUUCCGAUAUUAUGCUCCCUCAAAUGGACCAAGACCAGAAUCUUAUAGAGAGGAUUAUGAAAUUGCUCAAACCCUUCCAUCUGAAAGUGAGCGCACACGAUGGUAUACUCGUAUCAAGUCAGCAGCUGAAAGUGGGUGGGAUUUCUCAUCUAGAUGGUUCAUCAAAGACGGUGCAGGCAAUGGCACACUUCUGGAUGUUCACACGCCUAGUAUAAUACCUGUCGACUUAAAUGCAUUUCUCCACAAGAAUGCUGUCUUACUAAGCGAAUGGUGGUACAUGAUGGGCGAUAAGUACCGAGGAAAGUACUUUAAGGAAAUCGCAGAAAAACUUCUUACUUCAAUAAAUGAGGUUUUAUGGAAUGAAAACAUUGGAUCCUGGUUUGACUAUGACUUAAUAAAUAAACAACACCGAAAAUACUUUUUCCCUUCCAACAUUGCCCCACUGUGGACUGAGAGUUACUCUCAGCCGAAAAACUUCAUGGCAGCCAAGGUUAUUGAGUACAUAAAACGGGAAAAAAUCAUCAAGGAUGACUACACUAUUCACUAUCAUGGUAUACCCUCUUCUUUGGAAAGGACAGGACAGCAAUGGGACUUUCCCAACGCAUGGGCCCCUGUUCAAGUAUUCUUGAUUCAAGGCCUUGACCGCACCAAUGUUCCCCAGGCGCAAGCGAUCGCCUUGAAGCUAGCACAAGACUGGGUCCACUCCAACUACCUUGGUUUCCAAAAAACUGGUUUUAUGUAUGAAAAAUACAAUGUAGAAAAAGCAGGUGACAAUGGUGGAGGUGGAGAGUAUGAGUCUCAGAUUGGUUUUGGAUGGAGCAACGGAGUCGUUUUUGAAAUGAUGGAUCGUUAUGCCACAGAACUCUCCUCUGCAACCCUCACCAGAUGAUGGAGUGCUCUUCAAGCAGCCCUAAAUGAAUGACCCGAGAAGGUCGUGGAUAAGCAAAUUGUGAUAUUUUCUAGCCUUUUAAUGUUAAGUCUCUCCUUGACUGGGAAACAGAGUCAAGUAAAAAAAAAAUUAGCUCAGUUCCUACUUGAAGUACCUUGUUUUGCCGGACCGAAAGGUUUGGCCGAUCUCUUUUAGUUAGUGUUUGCAACUUGAAGGUGUCAAAGAUUUUUUCAAUUCACACAAUGUCUGCAAAUGUGAUGAGGUAAAAGACUAUGAAAGUUCAGUAAAAAACAUUUUUUGACAGGACCCCUCCGCGAUAUGUAUGUAUUCUCCGAAUAUCUUAGUUUCUUAAAAAUUAUCUUAGUUUUUCUGUUUGUAAAGUCAACAAUGGUCAUUUGUUACAUAAGAACUCCAAUUUUAACAAAAUAGUACAAUGAAAUGCAAAUUAUUUCAGUAAAGACGUUUUAGAUGAAAGUCUCUUUUGAGAGAAGUAUUAGUUCAAAUGGGUUUUGCACAACUUUAUCUUCUCUGGAAUGAAUGCAAGACAUUUGCGGACAUUGGUUGCCUUAGUUAAAUUUUUUGCUUUUGUUUGUAAAGUGUAUAAAAUCAAUGUACAUAAUUAAAUUUUUGUAUCGCAGCUUGAGGCAAUAAUUUCAAAAAGGCCUAUUUGAAUUUAAAUGCAUAAACACCAGCAAAUUGAAAAGAGCAUAGCUCAGCCAUCAAUUGAUGUUUCUGCGAUCAGUUAGAAAUGCAGUCUUUAUGACUUCUGGUGAAUGUCAAGAGAGGAGCUUGUUCACUUGAAACCAGACUUGAUAAUUUAUUAGUUAUGCAUUUCUCUUGGCAGCUAUGGCAAAUUGUUGAGAACAAUUUGGAAUUUAAAAGAAAGAAAAAAAAUAAACCCUUAAGUUCUUCUAGAAAAAUUACUGAAUUAGAACAAAAAAUUCACUUGUCUAGAGGUGCUUCUCUUCAAAUGUCAAACCUCUAAAUUCUGAAGUUUUAACUUUUGACUUUUUUAAAAAUGUAUAUUUUAUCUGUGAAGUAUUUUUGACAAGUUUUGCAUUCAAGAAGGAAUGCGUUUAUAAUCAUUUCAAUGUUGUACAGUUUAGUUCCUGUUUAGUCAUAUGUUUUUAAUUUAUUUUCAAGUCAAAUUUUAUAUGGUGUACAUCUGUGUUUAAAUUAUGUUUUACUUAGACUGCAGAACCGUGCAAAGAUUAAGGCAACAAUUAGUUUCUUAAAUUAUUUGAUAAGAGUGUUUGUAGCAUGAUAUCUUGCAGUAGUAGGUACAACAUUUUUAUUUUUAAAACAUAAAAGCUAUCUAUUUAUUUGAUCAAUCCACUUGCAAAUGAAGUAAUUCAAACAGCUAAAACUUAUCAAAGAAAAUGACAGAUGAUCAUGGUAGACACUGAAAAGCACCCUACUUUUCAAAGGAAAUAAAUUAAUUUUUUUAAAUCUUCCAUUGAAUAUGUUGUUUUAUUUUAAAUCUUACGUUUCUAUUUAAGGAUGUCACUUUCAAAUUACUUCUUGUCAUAUUGUGUUCAAGAUACAUAAAUGCAGUUUUAUUCAGUUUUUUCUCAUUUUGAUCAAAGCUGAUAAUCUCUCCUUUUGAGCUAGUAAGCUCAAGAAUUAAUUUAUGGAGUGUAUUGUAUCUUAGGUCUAAAUGUAUGUAUCUUUUCAAAACGUACAGAAGUGUUAAUAAAUGGUAAUACAUUUUUUCAAAUACAAUUUUUUUAUUUGUUAAUUUCAUCUAGUUUUAAGUACCAUGUGCAAUAAAAGUUGUUUCACAAA